AUGUCCUCCACCACGAAUGGUGCCGUCAACGGCGGAGGUGCCAGCAAGAAGCCACAAUAUGACCCCAACUUCACAGACAGCGUCAUCGCGGCAACCGGCCCCAAGGCCAGCCCGCGUAUCAGGCAGGUCAUGACCUCUCUGAUCAAGCACGUGCACGACUUUGCCCGCGAGAAUGACAUCACUGUGUCCGAGUGGAUGCAGGGUGUCGAGCUUCUCAACCGGUCGGGGCAGAUGUCCAACGACCGGCGGAACGAGACCCAGCUGCUUUGCGAUGUCAUCGGGCUGGAGAGCCUGGUCGACGAGAUCACCAAUAAGCUGCUGGUGGGCGCCGACUACGAGAGCACCAAGACCGCGAUCCUGGGGCCCUUCUUCAGGAAGGACACGCCGCCGACCGAGAACGACGCCAGCAUCAUCAAGACCAUGCCCUCGGACGGCGAGGUCGUCUUCAUGCACGGCAUCGUCACGGACGCGGCGAUGGGAAAGCCGCUCGAGGGCGUUACGGUGGAUAUCUGGCAGUGCAGCACCAACGGGCUGUAUGAGCAGCAGGAUCCGGACCAGGCGGAGUUCAACCUGAGGGGAAAGCUUACCACGGAUAAGAACGGCUACUAUGGGCUCUACUGUAUCCGACCAGUACCAUACCCGGUCCCAUACGACGGCCCGGCAGGAGAGCUUCUGCAGCUCCUGGAUCGCCACCCGUACCGCCCAGCCCACAUCCACAUCAUGGCUGGCAAGGGUGACGUGUACGCACCUCUGGUGACGCAGAUCUUUGACAAAAAGACAAAGUAUCUUGACAACGACUCUGUCUUUGCUGUCAAGGACGACCUGGUGGUUGACUUCGUCCCGGUGAAGGACCACCCGAAAGCCUCGCUGGAGCUUGAAUACAACAUUCGUUUGGCGGCUCAAAAGGCUUAA